AUGGCUACUUUUAAGAGAUACAGCGUUACAGAGAAAAUUAACAUUUUCCAGUUUCUCUGUGGAACAAUUUUUUUCUAUCUUCUAAUUUUGUUGCUAAAUUGUUAUAAUUACCAAAAAUGUCACAGGAGGAGUGACCAGAAGUAUGACCUUCAAAGUGCGCUACAGUUCACUUGCAGCAGAUCCUUGGCAGUAGUACGAAGACCGGGAAAGUACAACCCUCCACUCAGAACACGCGUAGUAAAGGAAGUUACCCGUGGCGGCUUUAAAGAGUAUGAAGAAAAAUAUGAAUCGAAGCAUUACAAACUAAAGGAAAACGUGGAAGAUGGAAAUAAAGAUUGUGAUGAAAAGUACGAAGCAGCAAAUUACGGAUUCAGAGAAAAGUGCCCUUACGAAGUGAAUCCAUAUACUGGUGCAAAUGGACCUGAUAUUUUCUUAUUGAAAAAAAGAUUCCACAUGAAUUUGAACAAAAGGCAAGAUGAUGAGGAAGAGGAAGAUGAUGAUGAUGAAGGGGGGUCACUAAAAAAUAAGCUACCUGGUUCGUUAGAUGCAUGCGAAAAGGAAUCUUACAGAAAGAAAAAACGUGAUAGCAAAGCAAACGAUGAAUAUCCUACUAUAAUAAAAGAAUACGAAGAAAUUGACGCACCAGAAGUAUAUAAUGGAAAUUUUGGAACACGUGGUAGACGAAUAGGGUACGAAGAACCAGAAAAUAACAGAGCACGCCCGUCACCAAAUGGGCGCCAUCCAGGCAGAAGACAACACCCAGGAGACGAUAUGAGAUCAUACGGACCACCACCAAGAGGAGGACGCCCAGUUAGAAGAAGAGAACCUAAGGAUGAUGAAAUGAUGGCAUAUGGACAACCUUCAAGAGGAAGACAACCAGUCAGAAGAAGAGAACCUAAUGAUGAAGAAAUGACGGCAUAUGAAAAACCUCCAAGAGGAAGACAACCAAUCAGAAGAAGAGAACCUAAGGAUGAAGAAAAGAAGGCAUAUGGACCACCCCUAAGAGGAAGACAACCAGUCAAAAGAAAAGAACCUGGCUCACCUGAUCCAUCAAAAGUACGUCCAUUAAACGAACAAUCACAGGAGGAAUUAAAGAAAAAACAAGCAUCAACAGAACAGCAGGCAUCUAAUGAACAAUCCAAAGAUGAGCCCUCCAAAAGUGAACUAUCCACAACGGAAACAUCUACGAAAGAGCAAGCUAAAAAUGAGUAA